AUGAGGUUUUCGAUCUGGGGUGUCCUAUGUGUGCUUGGAGGGUUCUUGUAUCAUCUUGCCCUCGGUUACUUCUAUACCGUUGGAAAUAUGAUUCCUUAUGUCGUUUCGUACAUGGGAAUUAAAUCAGGUGAAGCCGCGUGGUUUUCAUCCACACUUCUUGCGCUCCAAGCUAUUUUUAUGCCUACUGGAGCAAUGUUGGCUACUAAAGUGGGAUAUAGGCCAGUACUUAUUAUUGCGAUGGUUUUUAGCGCAGGUGGUAUUUUGCUGACUCGCUUGACCAUUGAUCACGGUCUUGGGUCCUAUAUAACAACUUAUUGUAUUCUCAAUGGCAUCGGUAUGGGACUUCCUUAUUCCGUCAUUUUCUCAGUCGCGUCGUCGUGGUUUCCCGAGCAUCGUGCCACAGUUGUUGGUAUUAUUUCUUCUGGCUUCGGCUUGGGUGCUCUCGUCUUUACACCGAUCCAAACUGCUAUUAUUAACCCAAAUAAUCUUCCUGUGAAUGGGACUAAGUUUCCGCCAUCUGUUGAAGAGGGAAUUCCGACUGCUUUUAUAGUCCUUGGCAGCAUUGUUCUUGCCCUAGAGUUAGUCGGCACAAUCUUGUUGAGACAAAAACCAGAAAAAAGAACUUCUCCUGUCAAAGCAUCAACGAAGGAUGUUGAUGAAACUGCUAUUAGUUUGACCAGCGGCACUGCAAAUGCAGAGGUCAAAAAGGAAGUGCGUAAGGCUCCGAGGAGUCACACAGUCUCCGAGGCAGUGAGAUCUGUGGACUUUUACUUGCUUUGGCUAAUCGCCUUCUGUGACAUUAUCCCGGUUGUCCUUCUUACCUCAACCUUCAAGGUCUACGGAAUUCGCAGUGCCUUCGAUGAUCAAUUCCUCUCGGCAAUCGCCACGACCAGUGCGGCCUUUAAUUGCCUCGGUCGUGUGUUUUGGGGCCACAUGGUUGACCGUUUCUCCUCUAAAUGCCGGUCCAUUUGGUCGGCUCAUCAAGCGGUCAACCAAUGCCUACCAACCCUUAUCCAAAUGUUGCUUAAACUACAAGCUGACUUGCUUCUGAAGAUCGAAGAGUGCAUUGAAAAAAUUGGAAACGGCGGUAGAAUCUACACACAGGCUGAAAAACUGCGCACUACUUGUCCGCUUAUGUGCUUCUUGGUGAUGUGGGGAAGCCUAUUUGUGACCUUUCCCUACGUGGCCGCGGGAGCUGCUGGUAGGGCCCUCUACGCCAUUUGGGUGUUUGGCCUUUUCUUCUCUCUCUCCGCGCAUUUUGUGGUUAUUCCAUCUACUUGCACUCGCGUCUUCGGUCCUGCCAACAUGGCCACAAUCUAUGGGCUCAUCUACUUUGCAUCGUGCCCCAGCUCUCUUAUCACCGCGGGUGUUAUCUCCCAAUUCGACAUUCUGGGCAAAUGGAUCGCAGUCUACACGGCUUGUGCCUGUGCCUGCCUCCUCUCCUUCACCAUGGCUCUGUUUAUCCGAGAUAAAGACGCACACUGUGUAGGCUUUACGAAUCAACUUUGCGCGUCCUUGUGCGAUCCCUGCCGCAAGAAGAUUUACAAUGCGUCGGAGGAGGAGCUCGGAGAAGGAAGAGGUGGAGGUGGAGAGACAGGAGGAGACAAUGCUUAA